AUGAUGCCUCUUAUUUCCUGUGUUCUACUGGUUGGUCUCUUUAUUUUGCAACACCGUGGCUCCCACGCGAUUGCUUUCAUGUUUCCUCUCAUAAUCAUCCUAUGGUUACUAUCUAUUUUCACGAUUGGCAUUUACAAUGUCAUCAAGUGGAAUCCAAGCAUAUAUCGGGCUCUUUCUCCAUAUUAUAUAUAUAAAUUCUUUUGGGUUACAGGAAAAGGUGGUUGGACUAAUCUUGGAGGGGUAUUUUUGUGUGUAACAGGAAGUGAAGCUAUGUUUACAGACCUUGGGUACUACAAACAAGCAUCUGUAAGGGAUGCAUUUUCUUGUAUCAUUUACCCAUGUCUAAUUCUUCAGUACACGGGGCAUGCCGCUUUUCUUUCAAAGAAUUUAUGCUUCUAUUCCAGGUCAGCUAAUAUAAAUUCUAAGAAUAAAUUUCUGAUAGGUCAUGUUGUUAAUUUCUGA